CGAAUACAACUUGUUGCUGCGCAGACGCGAAUCGCUCAGUACGGACGUCUUGAGCUCAAAUCCUCGGCCAUAUCUGUGCUCUCGAUCGCAGCGAUUGCUAAUUCGAAGAUCGUGCUAAUCGAAGUACCGAGAAAUCGCAGUUCGCAAAACGUUCGCAAAAGCAAAGCCAAAAACGGGGUGUAAGCCAAGUGCCUUUGGCCUAUACUAAGCGUAUUUUUGUGAAUUCCCUGCUAAUUGGCAGUCGCGGCUGUGGCGGUUGUGGCUCAGUUCGAAUGAUGGCCAAGUGUGUGUGUUUUGUGCAAGUUAACGGCUGCGGGGGCAACACAACAAUUGCUUAGGGCAAUUAAAGCUGAAUGCUGAGAGCUGCGCCUGCGCACGCCUCUCUAACCUCAAAAAUCGUUGGCGAACUCAAAAAAGAAGCUGAAAAAUACAUCUGAAAAAUAACAAAAAUUUUAUACACAUAUAUUUUCUACAUACACAUAUAUAUAUGAAAGCCUUCGGACGACUCUUGUGGCUCGUAAUGUGAAACUGGUUCCUACACUCACACGCACACACACUCACUCACUGGCGCGUUCAAAAGACCCACUCGAAAACACACACACUCACUCGCGCGCACACACAGUGAAAUGUAAACACCAAUACAGUGGCAAAUUGCAACGACAACAGCUUAAAUUCAAAACAACAACAACAGCAACGGCAGCAAACGCAGUGAAAGAGUCGAAAUCAAAUUUAUGAAAAGCUGUAUUUUUGGCACGCAAAGCUGAGUGAGCAAAAAGCCGAAAGUAAACCGCAAGUUCAAGAAAAAGAAACGCAUAAAAAAUAACCCCUAUGACGUCAGGGGUUAUAGCUUGGAAGAGGGCUUGAUUCAUCCCACCAGUAACGCCCACAAAAAGCACCACCCACCAAGCAAGCCACCGCUCAGCAACAAUGCUGCUGCGACGGCGCAACGGCCCCUGCCCCUUCCCACUGCUGCUCCUGCUCCUGGCCCACUGCACUUGCAUUUGGCCCGCCUCGGCGGCCCGCGAUCGCUACGCCCGCCAGAACAAUCGCCAGCGCCACCAGGAUAUAGAUCGCGAUCGGGAUCGAGAUCGAUUCCUAUACCGCAGCAGUUCGGCCCAAAAUCGGCAGAGGGGCGGGGCCAACUUCGCCCUGGGACUGGGAGCCAACGGAGUCACCAUUCCCACCAGUCUGGAGGAUAAGAACAAGAACGAGUUCGUCAAGGGGAAAAUCUGUAUCGGCACCAAAUCCCGGCUCUCCGUGCCCUCCAACAAGGAACACCAUUACCGGAACCUCAGAGAUCGCUACACGAACUGCACGUACGUGGAUGGCAACCUGGAGCUGACCUGGCUGCCCAACGAGAAUUUGGACCUGAGCUUCCUGGACAACAUUCGGGAGGUCACCGGCUACAUUCUGAUCAGUCAUGUGGACGUCAAGAAAGUGGUGUUUCCAAAACUACAAAUCAUUCGUGGACGCACGUUGUUCAGCUUAUCCGUGGAGGAGGAGAAGUACGCCUUGUUCGUCACUUACUCCAAGAUGUACACGCUGGAAAUUCCCGAUCUCCGCGAUGUUUUGAAUGGCCAGGUGGGCUUCCACAACAAUUAUAACCUCUGCCACAUGCGGACGAUCCAGUGGUCGGAAAUUGUGUCCAACGGCACGGAUGCGUACUACAACUACGACUUUACUGCUCCGGAGCGCGAGUGUCCCAAGUGCCACGAGAGCUGCACGCACGGAUGUUGGGGCGAGGGUCCCAAGAAUUGCCAGAAGUUCAGCAAGCUGACCUGCUCGCCCCAGUGUGCCGGAGGUCGUUGCUACGGACCCAAGCCGCGGGAGUGCUGUCACCUCUUCUGCGCCGGAGGAUGCACUGGUCCCACGCAAAAGGAUUGCAUCGCCUGCAAGAACUUCUUCGACGAGGGCGUCUGUAAGGAGGAGUGCCCGCCCAUGCGCAAGUACAACCCCACCACGUAUGUUCUUGAAACGAAUCCUGAGGGCAAGUAUGCCUAUGGUGCCACCUGCGUGAAGGAGUGUCCCGGCCAUCUGUUGCGGGAUAAUGGCGCCUGUGUGCGCAGCUGUCCCCAGGACAAGAUGGACAAGGGGGGCGAGUGUGUGCCCUGCAAUGGACCGUGCCCCAAAACCUGCCCGGGCGUUACUGUCCUGCAUGCCGGCAACAUUGACUCCUUCCGGAAUUGUACGGUGAUCGAUGGCAACAUUCGCAUUUUGGAUCAGACCUUCUCGGGCUUCCAGGAUGUCUACGCCAACUACACGAUGGGACCACGCUACAUACCGCUCGAUCCCGAGCGACUGGAGGUCUUCUCGACGGUGAAGGAGAUCACCGGGUAUCUGAACAUCGAGGGAACCCACCCGCAGUUCCGGAAUCUGUCGUACUUCCGCAAUCUGGAAACAAUUCAUGGCCGCCAGCUGAUGGAGAGCAUGUUUGCCGCUUUGGCGAUCGUUAAGUCAUCCCUGUACAGCCUGGAGAUGCGCAAUCUGAAGCAGAUCAGUUCCGGCAGUGUGGUCAUCCAGCAUAAUAGAGACCUCUGCUACGUAAGCAAUAUCCGUUGGCCGGCCAUUCAAAAGGAGCCCGAACAGAAGGUGUGGGUCAACGAGAAUCUCAGGGCAGAUCUAUGCGAGAAAAAUGGAACCAUUUGCUCGGAUCAGUGUAACGAGGACGGCUGCUGGGGAGCUGGCACGGAUCAGUGCCUUACCUGCAAGAACUUCAAUUUCAAUGGCACCUGCAUCUCCGACUGUGGUUUUAUAUCCAAUGCCUACAAGUUUGACAAUAGAACGUGCAAGAUAUGUCAUCCAGAGUGCCGGACUUGCAAUGGAGCUGGAGCAGAUCACUGCCAGGAGUGCGUCCAUGUGCGGGACGGUCAGCACUGUGUGUCCGAGUGUCCGAAGAACAAGUACAACGAUCGUGGUGUCUGCCGGGAGUGCCACGCCACCUGCGAUGGAUGCACUGGGCCCAAGGACACAAUUGGCAUUGGAGCGUGUACGACGUGCAAUUUGGCCAUUAUUAACAAUGACGCCACAGUAAAACGCUGCCUGCUGAAGGACGACAAGUGCCCCGAUGGUUACUUCUGGGAGUAUGUGCAUCCGCAAGAGCAGGGAUCGCUGAAGCCAUUGGCCGGCAGAGCAGUUUGCCGAAAGUGCCAUCCCCUUUGCGAGCUGUGCACCAACUACGGAUACCAUGAACAGGUGUGCUCCAAGUGCACCCACUACAAGCGACGGGAGCAGUGCGAGACCGAAUGUCCGGCGGAUCACUACACGGACGAGGAGCAGCGCGAGUGCUUCCAGUGCCACCCGGAAUGCAAUGGUUGCACGGGUCCGGGUGCCGACGAUUGCAAGGCUUGUCGCAACUUCAAGUUGUUUGACGCGAAUGAGACGGGUCCCUAUGUGAACUCCACGAUGUUCAAUUGCACAUCGAAGUGUCCCUUGGAGAUGCGACAUGUGAACUAUCAGUACACGGCCAUUGGUCCCUACUGCGCAGCUAGUCCGCCGAGGAGCAGCAAGAUAACUGCUAAUCUGGAUGUGAACAUGAUUUUCAUCAUCACUGGUGCUGUUCUGGUGCCGACGAUAUGCAUUCUCUGCGUGGUCACCUACAUUUGUCGGCAAAAGCAAAAGGCCAAGAAGGAAACCGUCAAGAUGACCAUGGCUCUGUCCGGCUGCGAGGAUUCCGAGCCGCUGCGUCCCUCGAACAUUGGAGCCAAUCUUUGCAAGCUGCGCAUUGUCAAGGACGCCGAGUUGCGCAAGGGUGGAGUCCUCGGAAUGGGAGCCUUUGGACGAGUGUACAAGGGCGUCUGGGUGCCGGAGGGUGAGAACGUCAAGAUUCCAGUGGCCAUUAAGGAGCUGCUCAAGUCUACGGGCGCCGAGUCCAGCGAAGAGUUCCUGCGCGAAGCCUACAUCAUGGCCUCUGUGGAGCACGUUAAUCUGCUGAAGCUCCUGGCCGUCUGCAUGUCCUCACAAAUGAUGCUAAUCACGCAACUGAUGCCGCUUGGCUGCCUGCUGGACUAUGUGCGAAAUAACCGGGACAAGAUCGGCUCUAAGGCUCUGCUGAACUGGAGCACCCAAAUCGCUAAGGGCAUGUCGUAUCUGGAGGAGAAGCGACUGGUCCACAGAGACUUGGCUGCACGCAAUGUCCUGGUGCAGACUCCCUCGUUGGUGAAAAUCACCGACUUUGGGCUGGCCAAGUUGCUGAGCAGCGAUUCCAAUGAGUACAAGGCUGCUGGCGGCAAAAUGCCCAUCAAGUGGUUGGCACUGGAGUGCAUCCGUAACCGGGUAUUCACCAGUAAGUCCGAUGUCUGGGCCUUUGGUGUGACCAUUUGGGAACUGCUGACCUUUGGCCAACGACCCCACGAGAACAUCCCCGCCAAGGAUAUUCCCGAUCUUAUUGAAGUCGGUCUGAAGCUGGAGCAACCGGAGAUUUGUUCGCUGGACAUUUACUGCACACUGCUCUCGUGCUGGCACUUGGAUGCCGCCAUGCGUCCAACCUUCAAGCAGCUGACGACGGUCUUUGCCGAGUUCGCCAGAGAUCCGGGUCGCUAUCUGGCCAUUCCCGGGGAUAAGUUCACCCGGCUGCCGGCCUACACGAGUCAGGAUGAAAAGGAUCUCAUCCGAAAACUGGCUCCCACCACCGAUGGUUCCGAAGCCAUUGUGGAACCAGAUGACUACCUGCAACCCAAGGCAGCACCUGGUCCUAGUCACAGAACCGACUGCACGGAUGAGAUACCCAAGCUGAACCGCUACUGCAAGGAUCCCAGCAACAAGAAUUCGAGUACCGGAGACGAUGAGACGGAUUCGAGUGCCCGGGAAGUGGGCGUGGGUAAUCUGCGCCUCGAUCUACCAGUCGAUGAGGAUGAUUACCUGAUGCCCACUUGCCAACCGGGGCCGAACAACAAUAACAACAUGAAUAAUCCCAAUCAAAACAACAUGGCAGCUGUGGGCGUGGCUGCCGGCUACAUGGAUCUCAUCGGAGUGCCCGUUAGUGUGGACAAUCCGGAGUAUCUGCUGAAUGCGCAGACACUGGGAGUUGGGGAGUCGCCGAUACCUACCCAGACCAUCGGGAUACCGGUGAUGGGAGUCCCGGGCACCAUGGAGGUCAAGGUGCCAAUGCCAGGCAGUGAGCCAACCAGCUCCGAUCACGAGUACUACAAUGAUACCCAACGGGAGCUGCAGCCACUGCAUCGAAACCGCAACACGGAGACGAGGGUGUAGGCUUCAGUAGAGUAGGAGCAAUUGCCAAUGAAGAAGGAGAAUCUUGCCAAGUGCCUUUGGAAGCCAUGCGGACACGCCUUUGCUGGCUGUUAUCUUAGAUAGGAGCCCGUGCGCCUGUACAGAGCCUAGACCGACCCAUAGAUUUGUAAAUUACUCUCUAGUGUACUUAGCCAGUCCCCCCGCCCGCAUCUUUGUGUAUACUUCUCUAUCCUAGCCCGUAAACCAGUAGUCAGCAGGGAUCGUCGUCGCGGUCCUGCGCUUCUAGAAUCCAUGUAAUUUCGAGAACAAAACACCGAUAGUGCAUUUCUAAGACGCCUCCGCCAUGCCAAACUCGAAGAGAUCCCAUCCGGAUCGGCUCCGCCGGAGGGCGCCCACUUAGCUAAGCCGAUGUCCACUUCACUCGGGCGUCAAUUACUUCUUGUACUUGUAGUUAGUAGUAGUCGUCUCUUUUAGCGACUAGUGUCCAACU